AUGGUUGACUUAAUCUCUCCCUCUAUAUCCUCGAAUUCAAGUAUUCAAAAGCUCGUUUGCGAACCUUGUUGGAACCAUUUAUUCAAUUUCGACUCUUUCCAAAAGGCACUGGCGACGCAGACGAAUCCCCAGCUCAGUAGAUUUACAUACAAUCUGCAAUGGGAGACUAUUCGUGCAUCCGCUUCAGCUGGGUGUAAUUGGUGUAAACUUUUAUCCAAACCGGCCAACGAAGCAUCUGGAGAGGCGAUUGUGAGCGUCUCAUUCAGCACGGAGAACGCCGGAUAUACGCCUACUGGGGUGAAGAUACUGACCCUUUCGUAUGGCUCGAAAGACUGCUUUGUGGCAGGCGAAACUGGAUUCAGGCUGUACACCACUGCCGACAACCCUGCUGCCCAGAUUAUUCUCCCUAGAGAUCGCAUUCUACAAAUCAAUACCCCGAACAGCUUCAAACUUGCAACUCAUGAGGAAUGUCCCAAACACAAAGAAUCGACUUUGCCAGACCGCGUCAUUGACUGCUCAGACGUUGACCACCCAAGGAUUGUUGUAACUAAGAAUGCGCCGGGUGUCUAUGCUGCCUUGAGCUAUGUGUGGGGUAAACAAACGUACCUCGCCACAACUGAAAACAUAGAUACCCUUAUCAAACAUGGCAUUGACACGAAGAAAGCCCCAAUCACCAUUUUGAACGCUAUAUUAUCCGCGCAUAGCCUGGGUAUUCCAUAUCUCUGGAUCGACGCGUUUUGUAUAUUACAGGAUUCCGACGAGGACAAAGGACGACAGAUCGGGAAGAUGAACGAGAUAUACACCAAUGCAUACUUCACCAUCAUAGCAGCCUGUUCGAAUGACGCCUUCGAUGGAUUUUUGCAAGAUCGUCCUGCCCGUAUUCCUUCGGCAAAUAUACCCUUUGUCUGUCCCGAUGGACAAGUCGGGCACGUCUUCCUUGCUUCUACAGAGAUGGUGGGCUACGAUGUCACCCAGAUGUAUCACGAUGAAUUGGAGCCCAGAGAAAUCGUCAGCAUAGGUGGUGCAUUUUGCGAGCCCACCACGGGACCUUCCCUACCCAAGGCCUUCUCCGACGACGUCUCCAAUUUAACACAUGAAGAGAAGAUAAGGACUAUGGAGGACCUGCUCUGGGAGGUGUCAAUAGCAGGUGAAGGCCCUUUACCGAGACCAAAGGUUUACCGUGCACCAUCGUGGUCAUGGGCAUCUGUCAACAGUCAGACGCAGAUCCCAAAUACAGAAAAUAAACUCAAGCCGGGGGCACACGACGUAGGUCAGUGCAAAUUGGUGCAGUGCGAGGUCAUACCAGCGCACAAGGAGUCUCUUUUUGCAGCGGUCACAUCAGCUUUUGUCAAACUCGAGACAUUCCUGCACAAAGUGACGAUAAGUUCCGGGGUUUACUCGGAAUCCGAAAGCCAAAAGGUGUUUUUGGAUGCAGAGGGAGACGAGGGCACUCAAGCGGGUCAACACAUCGGCAAUUUCGAUCCGGACACAACAGAAUAUCUAGAUACUGACCAACUCUGGAUUGUUCCAAUUCUAUGGGACCGAGGGGGCAUAAGUGGGUCGAUUCGUUGGCCAUUGUUAAGGUUGAUACAGAGUCUUUCCGACGAGUUGGGUUAUUAA